AUGGCAACCAUGAACUCCAGUGUGCUGGCAUGCAACUAUGCCAUCUCUUCUGGUGUUGGAUCACCAGAGCUCAACUCAAAGAUUGUUUCUUCACAAUCACUUGUAUCCUCAGUUAAAUUACCUGUGAUCAACAUGCCAGAGUUUCUGAUUCGAAAGAGUCAAUCUGCAGCUGCACUUUUCACCACUGCUGCCUCCACCUCCUCUGCCAAUGCAGGCGUCAUCGAAGAUUAUCUCGAAAAGAGCAAAGCUAACAAGUGA